GGCGCGUUGCGUUAGCUUAGCUCAGCAACGACGGUCCUUCUGCUCGCGGCUAAAGCUCGCGAGCUGGGACUACCCAUAACGGCAGACUUCAAGCUCUGUGGUCGCUAAAUUAGGUUGCCCUCGCCUUAUAGAAGGUAAAUUAGUUAUUUUACAUUUUUUGUCCGUUUUAUAACCACAUAUUGGGGCUUCCUGCCUGACUCGCUGCGGUUCGGCCACUCGGUCCAGCUACUGAGAAACAUCCACAGAUGGAAGAAGUUGGAAAACCAGCGAAUUUCCAGACAUACACCAUGAAUGAAGGGGAGCAGUUUGUGAACAUUGACCUGAACGAUGACCUUAUCUGCAGCGUCUGCAAGCUGGAGACGGACACAGGGACACUGUCCUUCUGCCACAUUUGUUUUGAGUUGAGCAUUGAAGGUGUGACCAGCUCUGCCCUUUUACACUCCAAGUCCCUGCGUGGUCACAGAGACUGCUUCGAGAAGUACCAUCUCAUCGCCAACCAGAAGUUGUCCCGGACCAAAGUAUCCCGCAGCACUUAUGAGGGUGUGAAGAAUGUUCUGAGCCAAAAGAUAAGCCGUAUUAUCCAAUAUGCUCAGAACAAGGAUGGUUCGGCAGAUGCAAGCCGCCGUGGGGUCAAGCACCAGCUCCUUUGCUGCAGCCAGCAGGGUGACCGCAAGCUGGUGCCCCGGACAAGCUCACAUGUACCCCGCUAUGCCCCCCGCUGGGAGGAGGGAGCAGCCUCAGGGGUCCCGGACCACUCCCAGGGCAUUCUCAGAUGUCACUCUGCGAAACAGCUGGGACUGAGUGUCCUGGAAGAUGAAGGCGCCCCGUUCCAUCCCGGGGCUGGCCUGUGGCCAAUGGGCAAGAAUGGUGUACAUCGGGCUCAGCAACAGGGCAGCGAGCCAGCUGGGGUUCGACAACGCAAGCCUCAGGGCCAUAGCCAGGAAGAGUUGAACAGAAUGAGUGUUGAUGAGCUCUGUCAGCUGAAGGGACAGCUGCGACUGCAACUUCAAAAGGUGUUUGAGGAACUGACGACGGCCGUCCAGGAGAAGGACUCCUUGACCUCAGAGCUGCAUGUCCGUCACAUUGCAAUUGAGCAACUCUUCAAGAACUGCGGCAAGCUCCCCUGGCUGCAGGUUGGCAGGGCAGGGGUCAAGGCGAGCAACACGCCAACGGAGUGACCGCUUGGCUUGGGACGUUGUCUCACCCCAUCCACCUCAUUGGCUUCUGAACCACCUGACUGGACUGCUCCAGCCACUUUUUUAACCCAAGAAAAAUAUCUGGUUCUGUUUCAAAGUAUUAUUUUAUUACAUUUGGAUAGAUAAGGUUUAUAGGGGUGUGUGUGUGGUGUGCGCGCGUGCGUGCAGGCAUGUAAGGUUACCAUGUAUGGGUGAAAUCAUGAUUCGGGUAAACCAGGUGAUCUGUGAGGCAAGCAGAGACUAGGGCUGAAUGUAUAACCUUCAGCAUUGAUCUGAGAUGUCCGCAGAGAACAUGCUUCAUCUAUGCAGAAACAAGAAUGAAUUCUGUGGUUCUCAUUUAAGAGCACACCUAUUUGUGCUUUUUUAAAAUAUGCUUUAAAUGUACACCGAAACAGGAAGUACAUGUUUAAUAUUAAUUUGCCGUUUUUAGUCUGUUUUAUGUUAUAACCAUUACAUUUUUGUCCAGAUUCACACUUGAUGGUAUUUAUUCUGACGUUUUCUAUUUAUUGCGCUAGCAGUGUGGCUCUGAUGCAACAUCUGUCUUGUGGUCAGAUCUUUUUAGCACCUCUGAGAUUUCUGUUCUGGUAACAGUACAGUGCUUUCACCAAGCACAUCAGCAGUGGUUUAUGGUAUUUGGUCCCCUGAACUGGGUUUACAGUUUGGCUUUUGGAUGUGGUUUUGCAUCUCUUGGCUUAUCGUUUCCGCCCGGUUGACACUUUCCUUGUUGCUGUGGUAACUUGCAGUAGGGAGGUGUAUCAGUGCAAUGGAAGUUCUUAAUUGGAGCUGAGGGAACCAUGCCAACAAUGCCAUCUUUUGAUGGAAUAAAAAGUGGCUUCGUUUUCACGUAGCCAGUGUGAAAAUGCACAGUGAAAUUUCAUAGGCUGUUUAAAAAUGUCAUCCCCAUGUUGUACGCCAGUGAGGUUUGUAAGAUUUUGAGUCUAUUUGAAAUGCAUACCACUAUAGACUAUAUAUCAUUUUAAAUUUAUUGUAGUUGGUUUUUAUUCUGCUGUCAUUCUGAUCAGAUGUGCAGCUACAUGUCAUUGGCACACAGAUUCUACUGUCUUGACUUGGUUCAUGCUCAUCAAAAGGUGUUUUCUGUUUGAACUUUGUUGUCCGUUUUAGUUGCAUUAUCAUAGUACAGAUGUGAUAAGUAAUUGAGGUGUUAGGUUUAGCUGAUGUUUUUAGUUCAUUGAUGUUUUUAUGAUUAUGCAUUUCAAAUAGGAAGCAUAGCUCCUCCUGCUCUUUGGUUUUUGGUAUGACAAUCUUUUUGUGCUUUUGAGUGAAACAUAAAGUGUGCCUGCCCCCUGCUGGCCAUUCAAGGUGUAUACGACCCAAAUACAUAUACAGUGGUACCUCAGUUCUCGAACUCAUUAGAACUCAAAUUUCUUAAG